UUUCAAGAGAUAAUUUAAUGUAAUCAUGUACGUUACAUUUACUCCUUCAAACAAGUUUAAGAAGAUUUCAGUCAUGUAGUGAUGAUAAUGUAGGCUGGUAGGUCUUUUGGCAAUUCAUUAAGUUCACUCUCUGUAAUAUUUUCCAGCUCCAGUUACUAAAAUCAUGCCACCAGUUCUGGAGAGUGAUAUGCAUAGCAGUGAAUAUCUUGCGGAACAGAAACACAAGGGUGAGGCGUAUUUGAAGGAAAGGGAUGCAAGGAUUGCGGAACGCAAGGCUGUGGAGAGGGAGUAUCUUAAAGACAUAAAAAGCUUAGCUUGUAGCCUUGUAUACCCUAGUGCCUCUAAUGUGCAACCGACACAAAAUGCACGAGCUGCUGAUGAUCGGAGCGACUCAGAGUAUGAACCAGAUGCUGAAGAGGAGGCCCAUGGAGAGGAGGAGGAUUUGAGAGAUGAAGAAGAGGAGGCACCUGAAGGUUCUACCAUGCCAAAAACGAAAAAGCAUGUCAGAUGCAAAAACAGCGCAGCUGCUACCUCAAGAAUAACAAGAUCUAGAGCUACCAGAACAACUGAGUCAUUUGAAGCUACAAACCAUCAAGAACAGUCUGCACCAAACCCAACAAACACAUCACCUCACCUAACUUCUAAGGAUAGCAACUCGCCUGAUGCUGAUUCAGGGGUACAAGGUUCUCAAGACAUGAUAGGCACAUCCGGACAAUCAGAUAACAUUAUUACAUUACAAGACCAAGGUAUAUGCGACAUCAUCGCUUCACCCCUUCUAUUUUCCACUUUAAAUUGUAACCUUCUAAUUUAUCUGCCAACUUGUAAUGUAGAUGCAUUAGCAUGCUCCACUGGUCCAACUGAUCCACGUCCGUCAAGGAGAGGUCGUGGACGUAGACCAACCAUGGGGCAUGGGCUUCAGGAGUAUGCAAUCAGGACCCAAGUCCCAUUGAAUUUUUCAAAGACACCCAUACAAACAGCAAGACCGGUAGCAUGAGCGAGCCAGCACUUCUAGCUCAUAAUGCGAUGGAAAAGAAAAGGGAAACACAAUCAGAAGGUGAGCAGCCAGUAUCCGAUACAGCGAUUGUGGCUGAAGUUCUAAAGGAAGAAAGCGCCCAUAGCACCUUCCUUGCCAGCAUGGGGCAUGCAUCAAGAUCCGGGAGGUCUGGGAGCUCUACUUGAUCAGCCCAGAUCAAAGUUUUAGAAGAAAGAAUUGAACAGAAGGAUAGAGAGGCAAGAGAUGCAAAUGUCAGGUAAUUAUAUUAUUUCCCUUUCCGUUAUUGUUGUUUCUUUUUGCUUGCUUCUGUGUGCAGAGUGCACUCAUUGCAGUGAACCA